UUAUAAAUAAGAAUAGACUAUAGAGAGCACUUGUUGUUGUUGGCAAAAUGGCCCUCCCAAAUCCCAAGAUGGGACUGGCAGCAGAGCAUGUAGGCCAUGUUGCCACCUUUAGGGUGCUAAAAAUGAAGGGCACGUUACCGCGACAUUAGGGAUAGCUUUUAAAAAAGGGGCAGAAAUGAUAUUAGCACCAGUAUCUAUCAAUUUGAUGCAUUAGUACUGCGGAUAGCUACUCAACACAAACUAGUAACAUUCUACAAGGCAGCUUCUCCGUCAAUUUCCUCACACACCCCUUUCCCCCCCUCUUUCUCUCUUUUCCAUCACUCUUCACUUAUAAUAAUACUAUGUUAUAUCUCUCCCAAUGCAACAAACCAGUAGGAUUUAAUUUCAUAUGAAAAUGAUUUCAUCUGCCUCCAACGAAAACAAGACGGUGGUGGACAUGGACGACCACCUCGCCGGCCUGGGAUACAAAGUCCGUUCAUCGGAGCUGUGUCAAGUGGCUGCAAACAUGGAGCGUUUAGAAAACGUGAUUUCAUCCACCGACCUAUCUCAACUCGCAUCAGACACAACCCUCUACGAUCCUUCCAACAUAGGGUUAGGUUCGUGGGUGGACACGCUCCUCUCCGAGUUCGACCAAACGGCGUCGUUACCGUUACAAUACGAUUUCGCCACGGAUCCAAACCAUAACAAGCAAUUAGCGCUGGUCACCACCGUGGAAGAAGACUCGGGGAUAAGACUGGUUCACAUGCUGAUGACGUGUGCUGAUUCCGUGCAACGUGGUGACUUCUCAUUCGCUGGCUCCCUCAUUGAGAACAUGCAGGGGUUGUUGGCGCACGUGAACACCAACUGCGGCAUCGGAAAAGUCGCCGGCUACUUCAUCGACGCCUUGCGCCGCCGCAUCUCGAACACGCUUCCAACGUCAUCAUCCACUUACGAGAACGACGUUCUCUACCACAACUACUACGAAGCGUGUCCUUACUUGAAGUUCGCGCACUUCACCGCGAACCAGGCGAUCUUGGAGGCCUUCAACGGCCACGAUUGCGUCCACGUCAUCGACUUCAACCUCAUGCAAGGGCUCCAGUGGCCAGCGCUGAUACAGGCACUGGCGCUCCGUCCCGGCGGACCGCCGCUGCUGAGGCUCACCGGUGUCGGGCCUCCCUCGGCGGAAAACCGCGACAAUCUCCGCGAGAUCGGGCUGAGACUCGCCGAGCUGGCGCGGUCCGUGAACGUGCGGUUCGCGUUCCGCGGCGUGGCGGCGUGGAGGCUGGAGGACGUGAAGCCGUGGAUGUUACAGGUGAGUCUGAACGAGGCGGUGGCGGUGAACUCGAUAAUGCAGCUGCACCGGGUCACGGCGGUGGACGCCGCCGUGGAAGAAGUUCUCAGUUGGAUCCGGAGUCUGAACCCUAAAAUAGUGACGGUUGUGGAACAAGAAGCUAACCACAACGGGGAAGGGUUUUUGGAGCGGUUCACGGAGGCUUUGCAUUACUAUUCCACCGUCUUCGACUCGCUCGACGCGUGCCCGGUCGAACCGGACAAGGCUGCUUUGGCGGAGAUGUAUUUGCAGAGGGAGAUAUGCAACGUGGUGUGCUGUGAGGGACCGGCGCGGCUCGAGCGCCACGAGCCGCUCGCUAAGUGGAGGGAUCGGCUCGGGAAAGCCGGCUUCAGACCCUUGCAUUUGGGUUUCAACGCCUACAAGCAAGCCAGCAUGUUGCUCACUCUGUUCUCAGCCGAGGGUUUCUGCGUCCAAGAGAAUCAAGGCUCUUUGACACUGGGCUGGCAUAGCCGCCCCUUAAUCGCAGCUUCGGCUUGGCAAGCCGCGCCGCUGAGAGAUGACGAAACGCUGCGUUUUGGGCAUUGAGGAAUGGAACGCUUCACUUGUUUUUGUAAGUACUUGUAGUACACGGGAAGAGUGGUGAAUCUAUAAAACUAUAACUGCUUUUAAUAAAGGCAAUUAGUUUAUUUCGUGUAUA